CUUUUAAGACUUUGGAUUUCUGUCCAUACAACGUUAGUCAAUUUCGUUGCACUGAGGUUGUGCAAUAAAAAAUAUUAGCUCGAAAGCUGAUUGUUUCGCAAUUUAAGCCUUUCGUUUCGUAUUUUAUAUACGGAUAAAUAAGAAGUAUAAGGUCAUUCGAAAAAGAUCUUUAUAAACAAUCCAUAAGGUAUCAGUAACGAGCCAAAGCACUGAGCGAUAAAAUAAUUUUCAGUGAGAUGGACUUGCAAAACAACGAAGAGCCAGACGGUUCAAGAGCUAAUUCACGUCAGCAAGGCAGAGGCUAUCCAAGGAGAUAUAAUCGUAAUAAUAAAAGAAAUUAUACACAAAACAACGCUACUCAAGGUGAACGACCAACUGAAAAUGUUCAACAUGAGCAGCCUUCACAGAAUCGAAACCGACCAUAUCGAGGAAAUUAUAAUCGAAAUUUUAGGUCUAAUAACCGAAGAAGGAAAACCAAUCAGCCUGAAACUGCCCAAGAAAAUGGUGAAGCUGACGAAGGCGCAACCCGUGCUAACGUAUCAAAUAAUCCUAGAAGGAGAGCACAUAAAAAUAAAAAAACAGCCGUAGAAAUUGAAUCCCAGAGAGAGAACCUCAUUUACUCUUUAAUGAAAGGUAACUAUGAGUGUAUGGUAUGCUUGAAAGAAUUGAAAAAACGGGAUCAAAUUUGGAGCUGCGGAGCAUGUUAUCAUAUAUUUCACUUGAAGUGCAUUAAAAAAUGGUCUAAGUCCGGUGAAGAAGAUGCUUGUUGGAGAUGUCCAGCUUGUCAGUUAAUUUUUACGGAAAUUCCAACUGAUUUUCAAUGCUUCUGCUUGAAAGUGAAAAAUCCUGCUGUAAAUUAUCACGAAAUACCUUUUAGUUGUGGAAAUGUCUGCAGGAAAAGUAGAAAUCACAAUUGCAUUCAUCCAUGUAACAUAUUGUGUCAUCCAGGGCCAUGUCCCACUUGCCAGGUAAUGGUAUCAAAGAAAUGUAGAUGCGGAAAAAUUAGCAAAAAAGUUCAAUGCUGCUCUCAGGCUUCUUUUUCAUGUGAUGAAAAAUGCUUAAAACUUCUAAAUUGCGGUAUUCAUGCUUGUACUGCAACUUGUCAUGAUGGACCUUGCAAACCUUGUGAGGAAGAAAUUGACAUAAAAUGCUUCUGCCAAAGAACUUCAAAAGUUAUUACUUGCGGAGCUAGUGACGUUGAAAAAUAUUUCAAUUGCGAUAACACAUGUGACAAAUUGCUAACAUGUGACAAUCACAAAUGUAAGUCACUUUGCCAUCCGGGAGACUGCGAUGCUUGUGACAGAGACAUAAACAGUCCUUAUUGCGCAUGUGGCAAGACAAUAAUCGAAAAUUCCAACAGGAAAAGUUGUGAAGAUCCAUUACCUACUUGUGACUCGAUUUGCAAUAAGGAAUUAGGAUGUGGAAAGAAUGAUGAACGUCAUACUUGUCAGCUGAAAUGUCAUGAUGGAGAUUGCGCUACGUGUACGGGUGAAAGCCUAUCGAGAUGUCAUUGUGGUUACAUAGAGGAGACAAUAUCAUGUAUAGAAUAUGUUAGAGAAAGUAAAACUUUGCGAUGCAGUAAGAUAUGUAAUCGAAAAUUAUCAUGCGGUCGUCACAAGUGCAGGGAAAAGUGCUGCACGAAAAAGGAACAUAUUUGCGAGCAAAUUUGCGGUAGAAAGUUGUCUUGCGAGUUACAUUAUUGUGAAGAGCCCUGUCACAAAGGCAAUUGUCAUAAAUGUUGGAACGUUUCGUUUGACGAGUUCUUUUGUGAGUGUGGAAGUUCCGUUAAAUUACCGCCCAUUGCAUGUGGAGAAAAACCACCUGAAUGUAAAAAGCCUUGCUCAAGGCAACAUUCUUGCGACCAUAAAGUUUCUCAUAAUUGUCAUUCGGAUGUGAAAUGUCCCCCUUGCACAGUUUUAGUUCAAAAGAUUUGUAUGGGAGGACAUGAAAUCCGAAACAAUAUUCCUUGUCACUUGAAUGAUAUUUCCUGCGGAUUGAAAUGUGCCAAACCUUUACCUUGUGGCGAACAUAAAUGCGACAAAGUAUGUCACAAAGAUGAGUGCGCAAAAACUGGUGAAGAGUGCCUUCUAAAAUGUGAGAAAAUAAGGGAGAAUUGUGGACAUCCUUGUAACAACAAGUGUCAUGUUGGAUCAGCUUGUCCAGAGAAUCUUUGCGAAACAGAGAUAUCCUUACAUUGCGAAUGCGGACGGAAAGUCAUGAAGGUUCCUUGUGCACCCUCACUACGAUCAUGUACUAGAAUAAGACCAUUACUCUGCAAGGACGAAGGAGCUGUUAAUUUGGUAUCUUUACGUCAAACUCUUCAAAAACAAAUGAUUCCCUGCGAUGAGGUAUGCGCUUCAAUUUUGAGAAAGAAGCAAAUGGCUGAAGCCUUAGGCAUUGAUCCUGACCGUCAAAGCACAAAUUCAACUUAUACAGAAUUUUUGAAGAAUGCUGCCAAGCUUAAUCCCCAGUUCGUUGGUCAAAUUGAAACAUCUUUAAGAGAGUUGGUUAUAUCGGCAAAUCUAUCUAAGUCGAAUUCCCGCAGUCACUCAUUUCAAGCUAUGUCUCGGGAUAAAAGACAUAUUAUUCAUGAGCUUGCAGAGUUUUAUUUCUGUACAACACUGAGUUAUGAUGAAGAACCUUAUAAGAAUGUUGUUGCAACUGCUAAAAAAGGCGUCGCCAAACUACCAAACAUGUCACUAAUUGAAUCAACUCAGAGAUCAAUAUAUGGUCGCACUAUGCAGCCGCCAGUAAUAACAGAACUCACCAAUGAAGAUACAAAGAGUGCAGAGAAACCACCUGAAACGGCUGAAUGCAAAGUUAUCGAUUACUUUGACUAUGAUAAUUAA